AGAGGAUCGCCGGUUUUCGACGGGAUCAGGUUUUAUCCGUUGGGUUUCGACGCUCAGAGGUUUGGGCUUCACGAGCGAGUUCGAUUUUCUUCCAAUUGCGCUGCUUUCGUUCCUGGCUGUGGUGACUGCGCUCGGGCUCCAGUGAGGACUCGGCGCCGGCGAGUUGGAAUUGUAACUGAUUUGGUUUCGGCCGCCGCUCGACGGAGAGCAGUUGAUUCCCCUUCUCCGAGUCCUCACAAUGACAACUGGGGCCUCGUCGUAGAUGAAGUUCCGGUGCCUGACCUGAUUAUGCUCCGGCGUGUAUCUAAAUCCCACGACGGCUCAUCGAUUCCCCUGAAUCUCAAUCUGCUCUCGAUCUCGACGUACUCCGAGGCCGCUGCCGCCUAUUUCAGCUCCGGGAAGAAGUCUCUGGAAUCUGUUGAAGCACUUGUAAAUCAUGCCUCUGCACAAUUUUCUGAUUUUCCGUUGCCAAUUGCACAGCGUUUUCAGAAAUUCGGUUGGAGGGAGACUCGCGGAGGAGAGCUCGCUGCUGGGGUCGCCGGAGAAGAAGAGGCGUUAGGCGGUCGUCACCAGUUGUUCCUGGUCGCGUUUUGCAAGAGCAGGCUCGCCGGUGGUGGGCUCGCGACGGAAGAGCAGCGGACAGGGGUGCUCGUCGUCGAGGGCUUCGCCGGAGGUGGAGCAGCUGGUAGCGACGGAGGGCUCACAACGGCGGUGACGUGGUGCCGUCGGAGGUUGCUGCGCUGGAACAGGGAUCGCCGGAGGUUCACGGACAGAGGAGGGCUCGCGGAUUCUGCUGGCGGCGAUGAUGGUGGCGCGAGGAUGAUGAGGAGGGAAGGUGCGUGA